AUGCACGGACACAGUUCAUAAGAAAAGUGGCUGGUCUUUCAUGUUAAUUUGACUAUUGAAGUAGGCACCUCCCAGGAAGCUUGAACUGAUCCCACACAAAGGGAGGAGCAAAAGUUCUGCAUAUGCUGAAGGAUGUGGGGCUGAACUCCAGAUUACUGUAUGGCAGCCAGAGGAAUCAGACAUGGGACUACUGCUGCCAAUCCUCCUUGGCUUUCUUGCCACUCUGAUCGGAGGGCUGUAUCUUCUCGGGGUGUUUCGACAGCAGCUUCCAGGAGAACCCCCUUUGGAUAAGGGGCUCAUCCCUUGGCUGGGUCAUGUCUUAGAGUUUCGCAGGAACACAUCAAAAUUCCUAGAGAGGAUGAAGCAAAAGCAUGGUGAUGUAUUCACAGUGCAGCUGGCAGGGUUUUAUAUCACAUUCCUUCAGGACCCCCUGUCAUUUGGAGCUUUUGUUAAGGAGAGUCGAGAAAAACUAGACUUCAGGAAGUUUGCGAAACAUCUAGUGCGCAGAGUUUUUGGAUAUGUAUCUAUAGAGGAAGACCACCACAUUCUCCAUCUGUCUAGCAACAAGCACCUCAAGGGGGAUGGCCUGGAGGUCAUGACCCAAGCUAUGAUGGGUAACUUGCAAAACCUGAUGUUGCACAACAUUGGCUCAGCUGCAGAUCAAAGCACUUGGAUAGAAGAUGGACUGUUUAUGUACAGCUACAAUAUUCUUUUUAGGGCUGGCUACCUAUCUCUGUACGGUAAUGUGCCUCACCAGUCAGAAGGAGGUGAAGAGAAAGCCAAAGAGAGAGACAGAGCUGAAUCGGAAGCCUUAUUUUACCAGUUUCGUAAAUAUGACCAACUCUUCCCAAAUCUGGCUUAUGGGGUCCUCCCACCGAGGAAAAGGUUGGAAGCGGAGAGGCUAAUGGAAUUCUUCUGGGACGCUCUGUCGGUGCAGAAGACCAAGACCAAGGACAACAUCAGUGGCUGGGUGUGGGACAUGCAGCAGACCAAAGAGGAGUUGGGUGUGACAGAGUCAAUGAUAAACAAGUACAUGUUUGUACUUCUUUGGGCCUCUCAGGGCAACACAGGCCCCUCUGCAUUUUGGCUGCUCCUCUUCCUCAUGAAACACCCUGAUGCCAUGGCAGCGGUAAAGGGGGAGAUAGAUAAGGUUCUGAAGGAAUCAGGGCAGGAAGUCCGACAAGGUGGCCCUUUAGUCAACCUGACCCGCGAAAUGCUGAUGAAAACACCCAUCCUGGACAGCGCCGUUGAAGAGACCCUCCGACUCACUGCUGCACCCCUCCUCACCAGAGCAGUGCUCCACGAUAUGACCCUCAAGAUGGCUGAUGGGCGCGAAUACAUCAUUCGCAAGGGUGACAGAAUGGCAAUGUUUCCUUACAUUGCCGUUCACAUCGACCCAGAGAUCCACCCUGACCCACAUUCAUUCCAAUAUGAUCGCUUUCUGAAUCCAGACGGCAGCAAGAAAACCGAUUUCUACAAAGCAGGGAAGAAGGUGAAGUAUUACAACAUGCCCUGGGGUGCUGGGGUCUCCAUGUGUCCUGGGCGCUUCUUUGCCACCAAUGAGCUGAAGCAGUUUAUUUUCCUCAUGUUGGUCUACUUUGAGUUUGAGCUGAAGAAUCCUGAUGAGAAGAUGCCUGAAAUUGACUUCAAGCGAUGGGGCUUUGGAUCCAUGCAGCCCGACAGAGACGUUCAGUUUCAGUACAGACUCAGAAAUUAAACCAAUCAAUCAUUUUGACUUUUAUUCAUUCAUUUUCUGAUUUUCUGAUUUUGAUAAUCUCUUUAUGCUUUCAAGUGGCUUUUAUGUUUCUAGAAAACAUGAGAUUCUACGAAGAAGGUUUGUUUUUAAUUUUAUACCAAUGAUAUUACAAGCACAUUAUGGAUGUGGCUUCAAACUUAAUUUUUUGAGGUAUAGUUUAAUUGCAAAGCAUAUUCUAAAUAAGAGCUAUGAGUGAUCCUCUUCAAGUUUAUUAUACACAAAUGCACUACUAUAUUAUGUGUAAUUUGAAUUAUAUAUUUGUCUCCUAUCAACAAUAAUACAUUACUCUUACAAAUACUAAUACGGAACAAUUUGGAUAUUGUCAGUGCUUCUUUGCACAGCUGUUUUCCAGUUGUUAGGCUAUAUACAAGUUACAAGGCUAUAUAAUAUCAUUUCCAGCAAAUGAUGCUAUAUGUCCACUGACCCAGUAACCACCAUGAAGUGAAGUGUGAUACAAUUAUUUCAAAGUUUAAGACUUUGUAAUCAGGAUAAAAUAAAUGGGACAUCAGUCAGAGCUGAACAGCUUUAGAUGCUAACAUCUGGAGUGUUUGGUUUUGUUACAGCUCAUUUGAAGAAGAAAUGGGGAAGCAAAACAAAGAGUGAGGAUUUUCAGCAGUGCUGUGGUAGAAAGCUGCAACCAUGGCAUGUAAUGAUACAUAAUGAGAGGAAAAGAGAAGAAAUUAGUUGUGCAUACAGAACUGUUUAAGAUUUUUGUUCUGCAAUGGCGAACACAAGGAGAUGGAAACACAGAUUUAUUAUGUUGUGUACAUGUGUUAACUAAAAGAUUUUUUGAAAAAUAGAAAACGCAAAGAGGCCGUUGCUUUGUUAAUAUUUUACAUGCAUUUCUGUUUGUCAUGAUGGUAAUGUAUCCAUACUAAAAUACAUUCAUGUUUGUGUAACCUAAUCAGAGAGGUUAGGUGUCAUCCAUGAUAGACGUCCAACGUACAAGAUGUGUUAUGGUCAAGACAGCAAUCUGUGUUUACAGAGCAUGUGCAUUAACAGAAAGAAAUGGUUUCACUAGCAUCAAGGUUAAGUUUCACUGUUCUAUUUCCACAAACUGUACCAGUAGACAUAAUAAACUUUGUUAUUGCUGAUUCA